AAUUUUGUUAUCAAUACAAAAUUAGUAUCACAUUUUCCAUGCGUUCUUUCAAUCGAUAUUAAUAAAGAAGACCAAAAAAAUAAAAAAAUCUUGCUGUAGAAAAAGCAUUUCUUAUAACAUCAAUGUUGAAUUCCCAAAUAACCCCAAUUAGAUAUAGAAGUAAUUCUCAGUUAGAUGUAGACCUAAUGGUGGUUGAUUUGGGUCUGCUCUCUCAGAGGUUGUCUGUACAGGAAGUCCCGCCUCUGUUGAACGGUGACAGCAGCAGUCGUCCUCAGCAGCAGCAGUCUCACCAGAACCCCUCCAGUAAUGGACACGCCCACUCCGGCUCUUCAGCCAGCCCCGCCCACUCCCAGCCAGCAGUGGGCGUGUCCGGGUGUCAGUCUCCUCCCAUUGUUAGCCACACCCUCAGCUCCGCCCACAGCACCCCUCUGUCCCGUGUGCUGUCCAGCUGUCCUGCUGCUCCCGAUCUCUACUCCACCUCCACACUGCCUCUGCCCAGGAGACAGUCCAGCGACACUCGCCAGGGACUCAUGGGCUCGACUCUUCCCCGAGUGCUUCCGCUCUGUGCUCCGUCCCGUGUGGAGGCUCUGUUCCCUCACUCCACAGACUCCUGCGAGGCAGAGAAGCCAGGAGACCGAGGAGGAAGCUCAUGUCUGCUGUCCUUCCUCCCUGGAGACGCUCUGUCCCUGCUGAUCAGUGAACCCAGAGACGGCUGGCACUACGGCCAGAACGAGCGCACGGGACGAAAAGGCUGGUUUCCCUUCUCCUACACACAGCCUUUCCCCAACACUCCCGGACAAGAUCUCAGUCCUCCUGCCCUGUCGAAGGUGAACAGCAGCAGUAUGGGGCAGCUGGACAGGCUUCCCCCCGCGGGUCAGAUGCUGCAGGUCAGUCCCGACUCCGAGGACGAGAGGAGCGUGUUGUCCCAGCGCAUCAGCACCUUCAGACCGCGACCCUACAGCAUGAUGAACCCCGAGACCAGCAGGAUGAGGACGUCGACUGAUUUCACCUCGACGCCUCCAUCACCCAGCAGGAUCAACCCGUUCGCUCAUAUUCGCCUCAAGAAGACGGUGACCAAUGAUCGCUCCGCCCCACUGAUACAGCAGAGCCUUUGAUCGACAGCCAGAGAUGCUCCUGUGAAUGCUUCAUGCCUCCGUUUCACUGAAUAACCCAGAUUUGACACUUCUGAGAGAAUUAAGUGCAUUUAGAUCAUUUAGGAUUUAGCAGAUCAAAUGUAUAUUCUAUAUAUAUUACAUUAUCAGAAAAAUGAAAUAUUUCAAGGUCUUUAUGUAUGAGUGCACUGACCUUUAACAUUUAACUCCAUAUUAUGAACAACAGUUUCUUCAGUAUUUUAACUCCUUUACUGUAAUGUCUACAAUGAAAGUCAGUUUUGACGAAACGUAGAUGUUCUUGGUAUAUCUGAUAUUUGUGGAGACGAUUCACAAUUUAGUUUCAUGAAAUAUUUACUCACUCGUGUCAUUCCACAUGCUAUCUAUAAUUUUUGGGUGAACUGUUCCUGAGUGUACUUCCCACACAAAAUAAGAUACUUUCUCCUAGAACUUAUUUUAUGUAUUUUUAAAUAUUGAAUAAAGACAAGGUAUCCUAGAGCAUUCUGGGAGAAGCAGGUGAAGGGACUGUUGGAGUCAAAAGCAGGAGAAUGGAGUAUAGUUAUAUAUAGAAAGGCUUUGAGAGAGUUGGAAAGGAUUUUGGAAAAGCGUUGUGUUUGAGAAAGUGUGACGUGAAGAGGCUCUCGCUCUGGUCUCUGGUCUCCCUUCCGUCUGCUCUUAAGUGUUUUGUUAAACCCCAGCUCUCUAAAACUAAAGCUUGAGACCGUGCAGAGACGUGACAGAAGGUCUGGAAAGUGUAGACGUGCUGGAGGACGUGACAGAUAGAUGAGAAAUCAGCUGAAAACGUCUUUCUGACCCUUUUUCACCAUUAUUUUGGGACAGAGAAGACUUAACGAUGUAUUCGAAAUUAACCAAAAAGAAUAUGAUUCAUUUACUUUUGAGUUUGUGUGUUACUGUAAGUUCAAUUGUUUCUGAAUUGUCUUAAAAGUUGCUUAUCGUUGUGAGGUUUUACACUGAUACCAAUCUAACUAAUUAUUAAUGGUGAGACCUUUGUUCACAAAUGUUUGAAUUAUUUCUCCACUCCAGGGUCGGUUUGUUCUGAUACCUUCAUUUAUUAAUUUUUUCUAUUAUAAAGAUAUCUUAAGUUGAAUAAUGCUAAAAGGUUAAUCUCCAACCUUAAUAUAUGCAAAUAUAAUGGUAUACUGUAAUAGUGAGAAAUUUUUUUUUUCAUAAAAUAUAAUUACAUUAAUAAAAUGAACAUGAAUUUGAUAUUUGAUCAUGUUGUUGUCGUCAUCAUCGGAGAUGAUCAGGAGCAUCUUGAGCUUAUUUACAGGUGCAUCUCAAAAAAAGUCGUAACCAUCGGAAUUAAAACAAAAACUUGAAAUAUUUCAGUUUGUGUGCACUGAAUCUAGGCUAUAAGAAAGUUAGCUUUUUUUAAUUAAAUUACAAAAAAUAAAGAACUUUUCCAUAUUCAGAUUUUUUGAGAUGCACCUGUACACUUGAUUAAUGCUCAUUUCUUUGUAUUAAAUUCAUUUAAAUCUUAGACUGUUGAAAUGAAAAGCAUCUCAGACAUUUGGACGCCGCUGCAUGUUAGUCUGUAUUAGUGCGAGUUUAACUUUGAUCCCUGCUCACACUACUUUUACUAAACACCCCAGAGAACAGCGAGCACUGGCACUUAAAGCAGGACUUUACUGUACGACUCAGCCUGAUACUCUACACAUCACUCACACAUUUUGAACUCUUGAACGCUUUCACUUCAUGAUAACUGUAUAGUCUUUCAAAUGAACUUCAAUAAAC